AUGCUGCUCGAACCGAACUUGAAGAGGUUGGAGUUAAAUAGGGGUAUUGUGGCAUUGCUGGCGCCCAAGGCAUCGCUGGGAGUGACGUUCACCUCGUGGGCAGCAACUGUGCCAUGCCAAAUGGUUGGCAAGCAGCCUCCACUGCCCACGUGGUCCGGCGUUGAAGUUGGGGAUGUGCUCUACAUUGACUUUGGCUACAACCUCUUCCAAGGCCGCCUUGACUCGUUCUCUGCGUCACUUAAGACCGUCCCCAGCCUCAAGGCGCUUGACCUCUUCUCCAACUACCUCACGGGCACCAUGCCCAUCCCCUCCACCUCCCUGGUCGCUCUGGACGUGGGCUAUAACUACCUCUCGGGCUCCUUCCCCAAUCUCUCUCUCAAGAGUUGUGCGGCCGACCACAACUGCUUGCUCUCUUCCUCCUACUGCCGCUCCUAUGGUCUGCUGCAGCGCCCCACCUCAGACUGUGCCAUCUGCGGAUUCGCCUGUGGUCGUGAUGGGUACUGCCUCAGUCAACAGCUAGAGCCUCUUAUCCACAUCCCUCUCUUCUCCCUUUCUUCUCUCUUCUAUUCUUAA